AUGCCGGUCCCGCACCUCCGCCGUUCUUCCUUGGCGAAUCGUCUGUGGACGAUUCCCCCCGUGAGCGGUGAUGAAGAAAUCGUUGAAGCCGACCAGGGAAAUGUCUUGUCGCACAUCAUUUCACAGCUCCGACCAGGCGCCGACCUGAGUCGUGUCGUGCUUCCUACAUUCAUUCUGGAACCCAGGUCGAUGUUAGAGCGAAUUACCAACUUCAUGGCCCAUUCCGACACGCUCCUUCCUAUUCCUACGUUCGAUGAUCCGAUUGAACGAUUCGUCUCUGUGGUCAAGCUUUAUCUGAGUGGAUGGCACAUCAAGCCUCCAGGUGUGAAGAAACCGUUGAACCCCAUUCUCGGCGAGACCUUUACCUGCUACUGGGACUAUCCUGAUGGAACUCGUGGAUAUUAUGUUGCCGAACAGACCUCGCACCACCCGCCCAAGUCCAGCUACUUCUUUAUGGCACCCGAGCAUAACAUUCGUAUCGAUGGAACCCUUAAGCCCCGCAGUAAAUUCCUGGGCAACUCCGCAGCCAGUAUGAUGGAGGGUAUUGCUAUUCUGACACUGACGAACCAUGGCAAGGACAAAGCAAAGGGCGAACGAUACAUUCUGACACAACCGAAUAUGUAUGCCCGGGGAAUUCUGUUCGGCAAAAUGAAGUACGAGCUUGGCGACCACAGUUACGUCCGAUGCCCAGAGAACAACCUGGUGGCCGACAUCGAGUUUAAGACCAAGGGAUAUUUCUCAGGCACAUAUAAUGCGAUUGGAGGAACCAUCAAGAAUGAAAAGACCGGCGAGGUGCUGUAUGAGCUUUCAGGCAUGUGGAACGGCGAAAUGAUCAUCAAGGAUGUCCACAGCCACAAGAAGGAUGUCUUGUUCGACGCUACCCACGCCAAGCAUUCGAAGCCUAUCGCCCGUCCAAUUGAGGAACAGGGAGAGCGUGAGUCACAGCGAUUAUGGCAGGAGACCGUCAAGGCCAUCGUUAGCCGAAACCACGAAGCUGCCACAGAUGAAAAGACCAAGAUCGAGGAUCGUCAACGAGAUGAGGCCGCCAAGCGUGCUGACGAGGGUGUUGACUGGAAGCCCCGAUUGUUCCGUGCUGUUCAAGGUGGUCCUGGUGGCUCUGAAGAAGGAGAGGAAGAUCUGGAUUGGAUCAUCAACGCGCAGAUCGACCCUCACGACCCCGAGCUUGCCAAGAAGCAGAUCCUAGCCAUUGCGCCCAUCAUCCCAGGUCAGAAACCAUCAUCGCAAUUCCAGAUCCCGCCAUAUAUGGCUUCAGCGCAUCCCACAGCAGGCGGCUUCCCAGGACAUCACAACUAA